AUGGCGUCUCUUUACCUCCUCCUCCUUUAUAACCUAUUUUUCUGCUUCUUUUUCCAACCCAUUUAUUCCAACAACUUAAUCUUACCUCUCAAGAUUCAAUCUAUCCCACCUGGGUCUUCUCCAGAUAAGCUCUCUUUUCACCAUAAUGUUACUCUCACAGUCACCCUCACUGUCGGAUCUCCGCCGCAGCAAGUUACCGUCGUCCUUGACACCGGAAGUGAGCUCUCAUGGCUCCGCUGUAAAAAAACUCCCGCCACACCCUUAUGGUACGACCCACUACGUUCUACCUCAUACACCCCUGUUCCUUGUUCCUCCCCAACUUGCAGGACCCGAACCCGAGAUUUCACAGUACCCGUUUCCUGUGACCGGAAAAAGCUCUGCCACGCCAUCGUCUCCUACGCCGAUGCCACCUCCGUUGAAGGAAAUCUCGCCUAUGAUACUUUCCGGUUCACCAAUUCGGACCUUCCCGGAAUCGUUUUCGGAUGCAUGGACUCCGGUUCCAGCUCCAACCAAGAUGAAGAUUCCAAAACCACCGGGUUACUGGGUAUGAACCGGGGGUCCUUAUCCUUGGUUUCCCAAAUGGGUUUUCCCAAGUUCUCGUAUUGCAUAUCUGGUCGGGAUUCCACCGGAGUUUUACUGUUCGGAGAAGUCAAGAGUUCUUGGCUCAAGCCGUUAAGCUACACGCCGUUAGUCAAUAUAUCGACGCCGUUACCGUAUUUCGACCGGGUUGCUUACACGGUUCAGCUAGAGGGCAUCAAAGUUGCCGGUACGGUUCUAUCCUUACCAAAAUCCGUAUACGUACCCGAUCACACCGGUGCGGGUCAAACCAUGGUAGACUCGGGUACCCAGUUUACCUUCGUUCUCGGACCCGUUUACACCGCUUUGAAAAACGAAUUCUUGAAACAAACCAAAACGGUAUUACGGGUCUACGAAGAUCCGGAUUUUGUUUUCCAAGGUGCAAUGGACCUCUGUUACCGUAUCGACCAAAAAACGGUCGGGUUACCUGUUUUACCGAGUGUUACCAUGAUGUUUCGGGGCGCCCAAAUGAGUAUUUCGGGCGAGCGGUUAUUGGUUCAAGUACCCGGUUUGAUUAAAGGGAAUGAUCACAUACAUUGCUUCACAUUCGGUAAUUCUGAUCUUCUCGGGAUCGAAGCGUACGUGAUUGGACAUCACCAUCAGCAAAAUAUAUGGAUGGAAUUUGAUCUUGCAAACUCUCGGGUCGGGUUUGCCGAGGUUAGGUGUGACAUAGCAAGUCAAAAGCUUGGCAUGGACCUUUGAACAAGUGGGGUCAAGUGUUUGACUCCUUUGACCAUCGGAUCCAAGCAGGUCAAGGUUCAAAUAGUGGGUCGGGUUGUACUCUUCCAAGAGAUGGAUCAAAUCGGGUCAGGGUGUACGGACGUGUUUGUGUAGAGUAGAUAUAGAAUUACAUUUAUAGGCAUUUUGAUUGUGGUGAGUGCUUUAUUUUUUUUACAUCAUAAAAAUGUAACAUAAUUGGAUAUAAAGAUUAGAUGAUGUAUU